GACAAGAAAAGCACCGGAAGGGGAAGCCAGGCUAACAGUUUGCUGAAUUAUUUUAAGCCCAUGUAGAGAAGUGACUGGAACGCACCCCAAAACUUUAGCCAAGAAAUGUCACAAGGCGGUCACAAAAGUACUCUUUGCAUCAUAAGUUGCUCCGCCCCUGCAUCACAUGUACGGCAGCUUUGGAGAAUCCUCCACCACCCGCGUAAUGAACAACAAGGCUGCAGGUCUGAUGGACGCAGGAGCUGCAAACGGACUCGCUGGCUAAGCGGCACCAUGGCCGAGUGGGACUACGACUAUCUGAUCAAGCUGCUGGCACUGGGCGACUCAGGCGUGGGCAAGACCACUUUCCUCUACAGGUACACCGAUAACAAGUUCAGCCGCAAGUUCACCUCCACCGUGGGCAUCGACUUCCGGGAAAAACGGCUGAUGUACACAGGGACAAAUGCUGACGGAGCAACAGAGAAGAACUUCAGAGUCCACCUUCAGCUUUGGGACACAGCUGGACAAGAGAGAUUUCGCAGUCUGACAACAGCCUUCUUCAGAGAUGCCAUGGGCUUCCUGCUUAUGUUUGACCUGACCAGUCACCAAAGCUUUCUGAAUGUCAGGAACUGGAUGAGUCAACUCCAGGCCAACGCCUAUUGCGACAAUCCAGACGUGGUCCUGGUGGGCACCAAAGGCGACCUUCGGAACAUCAGGGAUGUGCACACCAGGCAGGCGCGAGAUAUGGCUGACAAAUAUGGCAUCCCCUACUUUGAGACAAGUGCCUUGACAGGCUCGGGCGUGGAUAAAGCAGUGCAGACUCUACUGGACAUGGUGAUGAAGCGGAUGGAGCAGAGCACACCCGAAGCCGAGACCAACGGCGACGGCAGCCGGACGAUGGCAACUCAAGAGGUCGCCCUCUGGAGGAGGUGUGCCUGCUGACGUCAAUCAGAUUUUUUUAAUGGCUUUUUUAACAGCAUUGUUAACUCGUUCGCAGCCAUUGACGGUGAUAGCAGUCCAAAUUCAUUUGGACCUCCAUUUCCAUCAGUGGCAUUGAAACAUUCACAAUUGAAAAUCACUCAGAAGAAAAAAUAGUUUUAUUGGACAUAUGAGGUCAUUGAUGACUUAAAUAUACAGGCACAUUGCUAUCAUAGAAUAUAUUAAGACAUUGAAAUAUACAGAUGUUUUGGCCGAAGCGACGCUGCAAACAUUGAUGACUCUUUAUAUUUAUGACAUGUGGUCAUAAGCCUCUGUAAUCAUGUUAGUCAUGCAAACGCAGCAAAAAGUACAAGAAAUAAAACUCCUGUGUUAAAGUAUUUUGUAGGUGGCACUUUCAGUAUGAACAAACUGAUAGCAAAUUGAUCAUUUCAAAUACAUUUUUUCGCUUCUGUUAUUUAGUUAUUGAUAGAAAGUCUUUUAGUUCGGACCAGGAGUGGCAAUAUUCAAUAAAUACAUACAUAAUUAAAUGUGUCUUUGAAUGUUAUUUCAC